AUGGCCCCUCCCGACCAGGAAAAGAUCCAAAAGAUGAUAGCGGAAGCUCGAGCGAGAGCUGCCGCUAUCGCCUCAAAGAAGGGUGUAGUUACCUCGCAGCAGCAGCCGCAACAAAGUGUCCCUGCUGCACCCCAAUCUGCAGCUCAAACAGCUGCGGAUCGUUUGGCGGCCAUGAGGGCACGCGUUUCUGGGGCGGUCUCAAGAUCCGCCAGUAUCGCCGCGAGUCUUCCCAACAGACCUCCGGCGGCCCCUUCGUUCAACCAUAGAAGAGAGGAACAGGAGGUUGAUGAUGGGCCAAAAGCCAGGGGAGGUCUGGAUGUUGGGCUUCAUCCUGCAUUGCUGGGAGACAGUGGUGAUAUGGGAGUGCGAAAGGGGGGAAAGGGUGGCCUGGCGCCAAAGUUCGCGACUACAAUGGCGAAUCGACGUCCUGAUGCUAUUCAGCGCGGCAAAAACCGAGGAAAGAAACAACUUGACAUCUCUGGGCCUUCGCCAGACUUGACUGAUCCGACAAAAAACCUGUACUUUGAUCCAAACUUGUCGUCGAAAGCAAUUGCGCCGAGGAGGUUAAAUAAAACAUUAGUAUUCAAUCAGAAGGGGAAAUAUAUUGAGCAGGCCAAUGCUUUGCGUCGACAGGCAGCAUUGGAGACGAUGAAAAAGAGGAUCGCCGAGGCGGCACGGAAGGUCGGAAUUGAUGAGGAUAUGCAUGCUGAUAAGGCCUUUGCUCGUGAACCGCCACCAGAUAUCGAAUGGUGGGAUCAGGGCCUCACAACUGCGUCGUCUUAUCUAUCUCUAACACCGGAAACACUUCUUAUAAACACCCUUGACUCCAUAAUCACAUCAUAUAUUCAACAUCCUGUUCUACUCGCACCUCCUCAAGACAACCUAGCACCAGCUCCAAAACCUAUGCCCCUUACCAAGCGCGAACAAAAGAAGAUUCGCCGCCAGCGUCGUGCAGAAGCGCUUAAAGAGAAGCAAGCAAAAGUACGCCUCGGCCUGGAGCCCCCGCCUCCUCCGAAGAUCAAGAAGAGCAAUCUCAUGAGAGUUCUUGGAGACGAGGCCGUUAAAGAUCCUACCGCAGUUGAGGCAAGGGUCAAUAGAGAAAUCCAAGAAAGAUAUGAAACACACUUGAAAAUGAACGAAGAACGUAAACUCACCAAAGAGCAACGUCACGAAAAACUCCACUCGAACCAGGAGAAAGAUCAGGCUAUGGGAAUCCGCUGUCUUGUCUUCCGUAUCGAAACUCUUGCAAAUGGUCGCCACAGAUAUAAGAUUAACAUCAAUGCAGAGCAGCUCGCGCUUACUGGUAUCUGUAUACUGAACCCGAAAUUUAAUCUUGUCAUCGUUGAGGGAGGAUCUUAUUCAAUCAGCAAAUACAGGAAAUUGAUGGUUAACCGUAUCGACUGGAAGGAAUCACUUGCGCCCAAGGAGGGUACCGAGGAAGGGGAGCAGGAGGAAGUUGGAGAGGUCGACAUGGAGAAGAACAUGUGUACACUUGUAUGGGAGGGAGAGCUGAAGCAAAAGGGCUUCAAGAAAUUCACGACGGAACGAUGUCCAACAGACGCCUUGGCAAAGGAAAGACUUGAAAGGGCCAAGAUGGAGUUUAUGUGGACCCAGGCUAAGAAUGCUGUUACAAAGGAGACUUAG